AUGAACAGAUUCAGAGGUGCCAGUAGAGCCGUACAGGCCAUUCGUUUCAGUUCUUCCAGCGCUUCAGAAGAAGCCCUUUAUCUUAAUCCUCACGCAUGGCAAGGAUUACCAGCUGAUCAAAUUUUUGAAUUACAAAAAUUAAGAAAGAAAUAUAUGGGAACUGCUUAUAGUCCUAACGAUGAAGAAAGAAAGGCAGUUUUAUCUACAAUUUCUGCUUUAGCCAACAAUCCAAAGAUUGGAUAUGCGUUUGAAAUUGAUAAUUUCAAAGAAAGAUUCAUGAAUAACACUCCAAUGAAAGAAAGAGGACUUCCAGCAAAACUUUCUAAUCAAUAUGUUAUAGGUAAAGGUGCUACUCCACAUGAAAAGAGAAGAAUUGAACAUCUUAAUAGAGUAUGUGCCUAUGAAAUGCCAUUGUUAGUUAAGUAUCGUCAACCUUAUGUUCCAAAACCAAAAACUGAAACACCAUUAAAAUUGACUUAUCAUACUGAUUUUGGUAAAGAAACAAGUAAUAAAUUUAAUCGUAAAGUUAUUCUUGAGGUUUCGGUUGAUAAUUUGAAGUUAGAUGCUAAACAAUUACAUAAAUUUAAAGUUUUAGCUGAUGAGAAAUACAAUAGUGAAACUAAUAUUUUCACCAUGGAAUCUAAUCAAUAUCGUGAAGCAGCUCAAAAUGUCAAUUGGCUAGUUGAUACUUUUAAUAAGUUAUUAGUUGAAGCUAAAGAUUUAAGCAAAGAAGAUUUUGCUGAUGUUCCAGAAAAGAAGACCAAGACUAAACAAACUAAGACUCUAAUUAAGCAAAGUAAGACUGGAAUAGCCGAUUUCCCAAAGGAAUGGAAAAGACCUCAAGAUGCUCCAAUUAAAAAACAUGCAGUUGUGAACAAGUUAGUUGAUGCUUUGAAAAAGAAGGGUGAUCAACAAUUUAUUAACAAAAUAAGACCAUAA